AUGCCAAGCUCUCACAGUCCAACGUUUGAGCGUGCAAGGCCGAACUUAUACCUGGCGAAGCCGAGAACCGAUAAAGGACGGCAUAUUCGGCGUCUCCUCGUUGCGAACCGUGGCGAAAUAGCCUGCAGGGUCGUGGCGACAGCACAGGCUCUAGGUAUCGCUUGCAUCGUCGUCUACACAGAGGAGGAUCGUGACAGCUUGCACGCAAGUGUUGGACAGGAAGCGAUAUGCCUUGGGCAUGCGUCUCAAGGCCAGCAGAGCCCAUAUCAGGACAUCAAUUUACUGGUCCAGACAGCCCUCGAUGUCCGCGCCGAUGCGGUUCACCCUGGAUACGGCUAUCUCAGCGAAAAUGCUGACUUUGCUAGAGCUAUUGUGGCUGCUGGCUUGAUCUGGGUUGGGCCUUCCCCGGAAUCCAUUCUGGCAUUGGGAGACAAGCGCGAAGCUAAGAACUUCCUGCUCACGCAUGUGCCCGAGGCCCCAUUGAUCCCAGGGUACAAUGGUUCGAGUCAAGACGAAGCGAUAUUGGCCGCAGAGGCGGAAAGAAUUGGCUAUCCCAUCCUGAUCAAAGCUGCCGCUGGAGGAGGAGGUCGUGGGAUGAGGAUCGUGCACCACGCAGGGGAUCUCCACGAAGAACUCAACCGUGCCCAAUCCGAAGCUCUACGUUCCUUUGGCUCUGCGGACUGCUUGCUGGAGAAGUACAUCGAGCAUGGCAAGCACAUCGAAAUCCAGAUUGUGGGCGAUGCGAAUGGCGACGUCUUGUCGUUGUAUGAGCGAGAGUGUUCCAUCCAAAGAAGGCACCAGAAAGUUGUAGAAGAGGCGCCUUCACCGUGGCUUCCAGAUAUUGUCCGGACCAGGAUGGUAAAAACUGCCCAAUUGAUUGCCAAAUCGAUGGCGUAUGAAAACGCUGGCACGGUGGAGUUCAUGGUUGACGUUCGAACGGGUGCAUUCUACUUCCUGGAAGUCAAUACCAGGAUCCAGGUCGAACACCCAAUCACGGAGAUGACCACAGGGGUUGACAUCGUGGCCCUACAGCUCUACAUUGCUUCGGGGGGUCUUUUAGCGGAAGACGAUACUCUCAGAGAGGGAAUACAAUCAACUCUCGGCCACGCAAUCGAGUGUCGUCUAUGCGCUGAGGAUCCCGGGAAAGAUUUCCUACCAGAUUCCGGUCUCAUACUUCGCUGGACUCCAGGGACAGAGUUUCUCGAGCACUCUGAACGACAGGGCGUACGGUUCGAGACGGCACUGCAGACGGGUGCAAAGGUUAGCGUCUUUUUCGACUCUAUGAUUGCAAAGAUCGUGGUGUGGGCAACUACCCGCCAGGAAGCAAUUUCAAAGAUGCUCAAUGUUCUUAAACACACGGUCUGCAUCGGAGUCAAGACCAACCAGCAUUUUCUGCAGCAAUGCUUGCUCCAACCAGACUUUGUCGACGGGACCUACUCGACGCAGUUCAUCUCCCAGCAUGGGCCGGACUUGCUCCAUUUUGAGCUCCCAGAGUCUUUCUCGGAUCACGCGAUGCGAGCGAGCAUUGUGCCUACUCUUCUGGCACGACGUGUGACUCCCGAGCGGCGAUACCGGCCCUUCAGCAGCAUUCGUACCGGAUUUCGCAAUCAGAUCCAUGACCAGAGUAACAGGCUGACAGAUAUCGUGUCUGUCCAGAGCGUGGCGACGAGGCCCGCCGAGGAUGCGGACUUGUUUUUCUACAUCAACUGGCUUCAAGGAGGCAACUCCGUAGACUGUGACCUGUACAAUAUUCAGCCUUUCAGCAUUAAAGACCCAACGUUAGAAGUUAAGAAAAGUCGACGAGAUGGCGAGAGCGACAGUGCUCCCUUCAUCAGACACUUUCGGCAGAUCUUUGCGAACAUGUCGGACAGCCAGGACCCGGCGUCAUCCCCGACUCGCAAAGCGCGUGUGGUACAGUCCUCAUACCGUCAAACCGUGGAGAACACCACAGCCACUGGGUCAAACAAACCCGGCAAAUUGGAGUGGGCAAUAUCUGACCUCGUCGUUGAGAAUGGCAAUAGAAGACAAUCCUAUUAUGUCGCGACCAGCCCUCUAAGCGGGACGGCCGUUGACGAAAGGCGACCACGUCGUCUAUACUGCCACAUCCCGGCGCUAGGUACCAACAUAAUGCUCGAGCAGUAUUCAAUGCUCUCUUUUGCAGAGUCUCGUCGUCAGUAUUUUAGGGGUAGGGACGCGCUGGACUCUGACCCAGAGCGAACAUACAAGGCUCUCAUGCCAUGCAAAGUGCUCAGGGUGAUGAAGCAGAAUGGUGAGGCCGUCAAAGUUGGCGACGUGCUUCUGAUUGUCGAGUCGAUGAAGAUGGAAAUGAAGGUCUCGGCCAUGGCAGAUGGGCUGUUCCGGUCAACGUUAGCGACGGGCGAUGCUGUUGAGGAAGACUCUGUUCUAUGUCAGGUUCUACAAGAAGGAUCUGCAGUCGACAAAGGUGGUCAGGGUGGGCAGUAG